CUCCGCGCUAUUUGGCGCGGUUGGGCAGAGUGGGGUCUGAAAAGCGGUGAAAUGGCGAGUGUUUACGAAGUGCCGAAAACGCGAAUCAACACCAGCAUGCUGGCUCAGUACAUAAACAGACCAGUUUGUUUUGUUGGACGGGUCCAGAAGGUCCAUCCGACAGGGAAGUCAUUCACUCUGUUAGACGGAGAGGGAAAAGCCGCGUCCGUGGAGCUGAACGAGCCGCUUGACGAGGAGCUGAGUGGAAUUGUGGAGGUGAUAGGAAUGGUGUCGAACAAGGCGACUCUUAUGGCCACAACGUACGGGAUUUACCGAGAGGACAAGGGAACGCUAUUCGACUUAGAGCUGUACAACGAAGCGCUUAAAGUCGUCCAUGACUUCCCCCAGUACUACCCCUUCGAGCUGUCAGGCAGCGGAUGAAACCUUUGGACUCUGGCUGCCUGACUGUCCAUCAUCUUCUUUUCUUGUUUUUUUUUUCCUUGAAAAUCACUGGUGCAGAGUUGUGUUUUAUAAUG